CACCACUCUCACAUCACUGUCACACCACUCUCACAUCUUCAUCGGUGCUGAAAGAUCAAACAACCGCCAAGAUGAUGACUAAAGCCACGCUCCUCCUGUCCGCUCUGAUGCUCUGCUGCUGCAUCGCCUCUCUGCAAGCUUUUCCGAGGCAGCGCUGUAUGUGCAUCCGGACCAUCUCUUCUAUGCCUGUCCGAGUCAUCAAGAGAAUCGAGGUGAUUCCCAUUUCAGGACACUGCCGACGGACUGAAAUCAUAGUCACCAGAAGGAACGGCUCUCAAGUUUGUGUGAACCCAGCGGUGAACUGGGUCUACGUACUGAUCAGCAAUCUGAAAAGUUAAGAUGGGAACUCCGGCUCAACCACUGUGUCACCCACGCUUCCACAAACAACUUCUGAUCACAAUCUGUGGCAACAUGUGAC